AUGUGUGCUGCUGAGAAGACACGAUUGAAAUUGGAAGGAUUAUCAUUCAAGAGGAGGAGUUCAAGUGGUGGUGGUGGCGGUUCAUCAUCCGAUGCGUCCAAUGUUUGUGUGAUGGCCUCUACUUUUUCAUGGAGUAACAUUUCUUACACAUUGCCUUCAACGGAUGAAUUUCAUAUCUUGGUGUUUGAGUUUAGAUAUAAACAAAUACUUGGUGUCGGAAAAUCAUUAAUUCCAAUUGAUGAACAUGGACGUGUUAUGUUUUUGCCUAGAGCCGACUACAACCAAAGUGGGAUUCAAAGCAAAAUUCUUAGUCUUGAAAGAUCUGAUUCUGUUCUUGAUUGUCAAAUGAAUGAAACCAACGCCAAGUUAGAAAAGUCUUGCAUUUUGUCAAUCAGUCUUUUUUAUGAACAAGUGGUGCAAAGUGAGGUGUCUUACAGAUCCUUAGAUUUAAGAGCUCAUAAUUUUGAGCCUCAUGAAUAUUUUGCGAGUAUGGAUUUUGUGAUUGUUACUUCACGUGAUGGAAAGAAACUUGUGGUGAUAGAAAUAGGUAAAAACAUGUGUACCAUUACAUACAAGCAUACAAUUGUAAGAGUUGCAACAAGUCCAAUCGCUGAACGAUUUGUCGUUGAGCUUUCAGAUGGAUCCAUUUUAAUCAAUGGAAUACAUAAGAAUAGUUUCUUGUCAGGCAUUCCAAUGAAAUACAUUAGUUGUUGCAAUCCUGCCAUUAGUUUCUUUUCAAAGAGUGGCCAGUUUUACGGACUUGGAAAUGCAACAAGUAACUUGUUUGGAAUUGCUGAACAAGAAAGCAAUCCUUCAAAGUAUACGCUACCAGAAGAAGGAUCAACUAGUAUUUACCAUGUGCAUUUUCAAUUUCCUAAAGCUGUGAAAAAUAUGAAGAGCGGAUUUUACACAAAUGUGUUUCUCUUAGAGGAUGGAUCUGUGUAUGGAUGUGGAUACAAUUGCAAUGGCCAAGCAACCGGUUCAACAAAGUCACAUGGAAACCCUGGCCUCACUAAAUUUUCAUUACCGUGGAAACACAACGAAAAUAAGGAAAUUAUUGACAUGGGAUGCACCUCCAUUGGAACCUAUUUCACGACAUUGGACACUAAAAAAACAAAACAAACAUACAUUAUUGGAGAUGUGGUUAAAUCCUUUAAUGUUGACAAACUUUACAGUACUUCUCCUGCUGUUUACGUUAUUGAUUGGGAAGCUCUUGAAAAUGAAUUGAAAAGUUUUGAUUUUAUAAGUCAUCAUGCACUUCCGAAUGAAGUUGUUCCUGGUGGUUGGUUUUAUUGCAUUGCCUAUAAUAGAAAUCAGCAUGGUGGAUUUCUUUAUGAAAAAUAUUUGAAAACUCGAUUAAGAAUGCUUGUUCAUUGGGAGGAUCAUGAAGAAUUGCAUGGCAAGAACUUUUUCACAGAUUGUGUAUUUGUAUUCGAGAAGUAA